AUGGCCGUGAUGAUGAAGCCAUGGACAGUGCUGUUGGCCGUUGUGCUGUGUAUGCUGGUGUGUCUGGGAAUGCUGGCAGACGCCUACCCCCCCAAACCUGAGAACCCCGGUGAAGACGCCCCACCCGAAGAGCUGGCCAAGUAUUACACCGCCCUGAGACACUACAUCAAUCUGAUCACCAGGCAGAGGUAUGGAAAGCGUUCAGCUCAGGAGGAUGUGGUUGCAGAGCUGCUGUUUGGUGGCGACAGCAACAGAGAUCAGAGAUCAAGAUAUGAAGACUCCUACAUGUGGUGA